GCAGAAGAGGGGCUAUUGACAUGCUAAUGGGGUCCUCUAUAUAAUGCCAGAGCGGGAAACUGCUACAGUUAGACAGAGAGGAGGAAACAGCAGAGGAAAAGACAGAGUGAGGAUAAGAGACCUGCAGACAUAGAAAGAGGGAAGACAAGGGACAAUCUGAUAACAAAUAGACAAGAUCAGUCUGAACUGGGGAAAUUGUCGACAAUUUACAAUGUCUGGAUCGAUAAGAAAUCACCUGAAAUUAUCCAAUGCUAAGGAAGAGAGGAAGCUCAGGAAGCCUCUCAUUGAACGCAAACGGAGAGAGAGAAUCAACACCUGUCUGGAGCAACUGAAAGAGACCGUGGUCAGAGUGUUCCAGCUUGAUCAAUCCAAGCUGGAGAAAGCAGACAUUCUGGAGAUGACAGUGAGACAUCUGGAGAAUAUCCAGAAAACCAAAAGUACAGGUGAGCCUUCUCAGGGUGCAGACACUCAGCAGAGAUUCAGCACCGGAUACAUUCAAUGUGUGCAUGAGCUGCACAGUUUGUUGAUCACCACCGACUGGAUGGACCCGGCCCUGGGAGCACGUCUGCUCAAUCACCUCCUGACAUCUCUCCCUAAGAACAAGGAUGUAGCAUAUGAGCAGGCCCAGCCCUGUAAGGAAGGCUCUCCGGAAUCUCCUUUACCAGCUCUGCGUGAUUGUGAUGCCAAGAAAAGAUCCGCAUGCAAACACAGUGAUGUGGUCAAUGAGCAGACACAGUUCCAGCUCAUAGGCCCUUUAAGUAUGUGGAGGCCAUGGUGAGAUUGUUCUCAGUUAAAGGGGCCUUGUAGUGGAGAAGGAAGGGAACCACCAUAUAACAGAGACUUUCCCCUAACUUUCUGUCAGGCUGUACCCUAAACCUGUUAUUAACCUCAGAGUCGUCCCUUGAGGUUACUGUGAAUAGAAGACCAGAGAGUAACCCUACUGUUGGUCAUAGAUUUUCUUCUAUAUAAAUCAAUAUUUGUAUCUUAUAGAUAUGCUUUGUUUAACACUUUGGGGCCUGUACCCCGCUAGGUGUACUAAAGACCAGGUGCUUCAGGCUGAAGUCCCAAAUUUGUAGCCUGCAUUGUAGAAGGCUUAUUCACCCCCUAUUUAUUAAAAAUCUCCCCUCCUGUAACAUUCCUGUUCCUUUUAUUACUCAAUAAAAUUGUGUAAAAUAUUCUC